GCAGCUCUCUUCCAAGUGGGCUCAGGGUCUUGUCUCCAGCUGUGAGCAUCAGUCAGAAUGGGCUGGAGAUAACUAUCCAAUGUUUUAUUGGGAUUUCACCCAGGAAUGAGGGUGGGAGAGAGGAAGAGAGAGUGUGGGGGACGGGGAUUUAUAACUUGGAGGGAACAAGAGAGGAAAAUACACCACAGAAACUGGAAUUGUCUGUUUAAUGAAUUCUCUGCCUCACUGACAGUGAACUGUUUGGUUAUCUCCUGUCACAGGGACUGGAAGAGGAGGGCUCACACCAAGGAAACCCAAAACAAAGCACCAGGUCAAGGUCUGGGCAGUGACACUCAGGAGCUGAAAAUCACUGCCCCCUGACUGUGGAAGGAGAAAUGUUUGUCUGAGGGGAAAGGUUCCAAACAUCAGUGUGACUGGAAGGGCACCGAGACGCAGACACACCUGACCGAGAGCGUUCCAGCGAACCGACUGUGGAAGGAGCUUUCCUUUUUUUCGCAUGACUGCAAAAAUAAAUUGCACCGUUUAAAGUGGGGCGAAGGCGCACAUGUGUUUUGGGCCUGGCUCAGGAUUUAACUGAUCCUUCAGUGUGGACGGAGCACAAAAGACCCUGGCACCAUGGAGAAACCAUGUAAAUGUGUGGAGUGCGGGAAAGGAUUCAGAUUCCCAUCCCGGCUGGACGUUCAUUGGCGCAAACACACUGGGGAGAAGCCAUUUACCUGCACCAAGUGUGAGAAGGGAUUUGCACGUUUAUGCAGCUUACAGAUACACCAGAGAACUCACACUGGCGAGAAAUUGUUCACUUGCACCAAGUGUGGUAAGGGGUUCGCUCAUUUAUCCAGUUUACAUGUACACCAGAGAACUCACACUGGGGAGAAACCGUUCAUCUGUACCAAGUGUGGUAAGGAGUUUGCUCAUUCAUCAACUUUACACGUUCACCAGAGAAUUCACACUGGGGAGAAACCAUUCACCUGCUCUGAGUGUGGGAAGGGCUUUACUCAGUCAUCAAAGUUAUAUCGACACCAGAGAACUCACACAGGGGAGAAACCAUUCAUCUGCUCUGACUGUGGGAAGGGAUUCACUCGGCUAUCCACCUUGCAGAUGCACCAGGGAAUACACUCUGAAGAAAAAAUGUUCACCUGCACCAACUGUGAGCAAAGAUUUGCUCAUUUAUCCAGCUUACAGGCACACCAGAGAAGUCACACUGGGGAGAAAUCAUUCAUCUGCACCACAUGUGGUAAGGGGUUCGCUAAAUCAUCUGGAUUGCAUGUACACCAGAAAGUUCACGCAGAGGAGAAGCCAUUCACCUGCUCUGACUGUGGAAAGGGAUUCACUGAGUUGUCCACUUUACAGGUGCACCUGAGAACCCACACUGGAGAGAAACCGUUCACCUGCCCUGAGUGCGGGAAGAGAUUCUCUCAGUUAUCCAGCGUCAAUCGACAUCAGAGAACUCACACUGGUGAGAAACCGUUCACGUGCUAUGAGUGCGGGAAGAGAUUCUCUCAGUUAUCCAACUUAAAUCAACAUCGGAUAACUCACAAGGGAGAAAAGCCAUUCACCUGCCCUGAGUGCGGGAAGGGAUUCACUCAGUUAUCCAACUUACAUUCACGCCAGGGAGCUCACUCUGGGAAAAAAACUUUCACCUGCUCUGAGUGUGGGAACGGGUUUGCUCAGUCGUCCAAGUUAUGCGAACACUGGAGAAUUCACACUCUGGAGACACCAUUCAUCUGCUCUGGCUGUGGGCAGGGAUUUGUUCAGUCAUCCACCUUACAUGUACACCAGCAAAGUCACGCAGGAGAAAGACCGUUCACUUGCCUCAAGUGCGGGAAGAGUUUCACUCAGUUAUCCAACUUACAGCAACACCAGAGGACUGACUGUCAGCCGCGCACUACCAGGCAGGCAAGCUCCCAUCCGGAGUGAGAGACAGUCCGACAAACUGAUGACGUGGUAACAGCUGCAGUGCCUGUGUUUCCUCCUGCCUGGUAUGGCAUGAGAUCUGCCAUCACCUGCACAAUCUACGGAUAUGGUCCAGAGGAUGGAGUCAUCACAGUAAUAACUGUAGGCUAAAUAAUUUUCAUUGUUCACCGGGUGAAGAGUACCUUGCUGAACAUUACAUGCACAUGUAACAACAACCCACGUACUCCCAUCUCCAGGGAACAGGAACUUAGUCAUCUCUAUCCCACCUGGCUACUGUUUGCUCCAAAACAACUACUGUUACUCUGUGACAUAGUUAAAAAUCACACACGACAUCAGGUUAUAGUCCCACAGGUUCAUUUGGAAGGACACACUUUCAUAGCGCUGUUCCUUCAUGAGGUAGCUAGUGGAGUAAAGUCAUAGGGCACAGAAUUCAUGGCACCUCCACAUCAUGACUGUAUGAUGUGGAAUCGCACCGUACCCUUCGAUUACUGUGCAACAUUAGAUGGCAAUAACUACACCUCACUGUUGUCCUGAAAUAAGACUAUCGGAAGGCAGUGUCUAAAGUAGGCCUUGUCUAACAGUAGCUCACAUGAAAAUUGGUGUAAUAUCUUGCUUUUAAAUGGUGUUGGCUACUAUUCCAUAGAAUCCCUGCAGUGUGGAAACAGGCCCUUCAGGCCAACAAAUCCAUCCUGACCCUCUGAAGAGUAACCCACCCAGACCCAUUCCCCUAUUAUCCUACAUUUACCCCUGACUAAUGCACCUUGAACAUUAUGGGCAACUUAGGACAGCCAAUUCACCCUAACCUGCACAUCUUUGUGACUGUGGGAGGAAACCGAAGCACCCGGAGGAAACCCACGCAGACACGGGGAGAACGUGCAAACUCCAACACAGAGUUGUCAGAGGAGGGUUCCUGGCGCUGUGAGGCAGUACCACUAACCACAGCCACCGUGCCAGCCAAAGCUAGCAUCUUGUACCAAGAUGUUAGAGAGAUAUGGGACAUGCAUUCUGGCGUGUGAGCUUACAGUGGAGUGAGUGGAAGGGCCUAUCCAAAACAUAUAGAUACCCCAUCUUCACUUGUAUGAUGCAUAUAUCCCAGUGGCAAAACAAAAUAUGGUUUUGACUGUGACAGCGGAAAUAACUAAUGGAAAAAAAAUUCCCCUUCUAUUGGUGUCCUGUUAACGUUAUAGAGGUGCGGUAGAAGCAGUGUACUCGGUUUCAUUCUAGAUGGAGCAGGGACAGCAACUUUACGAAAUGGGAUUGCUAAAGUUGGGCAACUCACUAUCAAAUUAGCUGCUGGUUGGACCAAGCCAUUAGCACAUAGAGAUUGAGCAGAUUGGUCUCUGACCAACAUAGUUUGGAGGUUUUGCUGAUAGCCUAUCUAGGGCCUCACACUUAGGUGGAUCUUAAUGCAGAAGUCUUCUGAACAUGGUGCAAUAUGUUAGAGGGAUUUGACACACGAACUAACCACCUCGUUGCUAUCCAAACUUCUGUACUGUUCGAAACGGUUAUUUAGUCUCGUACAUGCUAACUUAAUGCUUAGAAGUGAUGCAUUAAAAUCUAAUU